AUGUCUUUGGAAAAAGAUACUAUUUCACAAUCAAAUUCAGCUGUUACUCAUUCAAUUUUAGAUGAAAAAUUUAAUCCAAGAAAUUAUGAUCAUCUAUGUGAAUUAGCUGAAUAUAUUCUUGAAAUUGGUAAAUUACCUAAAAAACCAAUUAUUGGUAUAAUAUGUGGAUCAGGAUUAGGAGAUAUUGCUGAGAUAUUAACUGAAAAAAUUACAAUACCAUAUUCAAAAAUACCUGGAUUUCCAACAACAAAAGUACCAGGACAUAAAGGUAAUUUAGUUUUUGGUAAUAUGGGAAAUAAAUAUGUUGCAUGUUUACAAGGACGUUUUCAUGCUUAUGAACAUGAUAUGAAUAUGGCUUUAUGUACAACACCAGUUAGAAUUCUUUCAUUACUUGGAUGUAAAGGAAUUAUUGUGUCUAAUGCAGCUGGUGGUAUACCAGAUAAAGUUACAUAUGGUGAUUUAAUGCUUGUAAAAGAUCAUAUUUUUAUGCCAGGAUUAGCUGGAAUGUCUCCAUUAGUUGGUAUUAGUGAUAAAAGAUUUGGUCCAACAUUUGUUUCAGUUCAUGAUGCUUAUGAUAGAGAAUUUCGUUCAAUCGCAAAAAAUGUUGCCAAAAAAAUUAAUUUAAAUUUAAAAGAAGGAAUUCUUGUUAUGAGUGGUGGACCACAAUAUGAAACACCUUCUGAAGUACGCUUAUAUCAAACUCUAGGUGCUAAUGCUCUUGGAAUGUCAACAGCUCAUGAAAUAACUGUUGCCAGACAAUGCGGUUUACGAUGCCUUGCAUUUUCAUUAAUUACAAAUAUAUGUAAUUUAGAAGUUGAUACUGCAGUCGAAGUUUGUCAUGAAGAAGUUUUAGAAAUGUCUAAAAAAGCAGGAGAAGUAGCCUGUAAAUUUGUCUAUGAAAUUGUUAAUGAUUUAGUUCUCUAA